AUGGGUCGAUUCCACGAGGUGAUCAGCGUGUUGCUUGUGAUCUGCGCUGGAGCAGAGGGCAAGAACCCAACAGCUGCAAAGGAGAUUACAGGUGGAGCACCGAGAGUCGAACUCAGUCAAGCGACGGUGGAAGGUUUCCUCGAUCCCCACAAUAAUCCGGUCUUUUUGGGGAUCCCGUAUGCUGACACAACGGGUGGACAAAAUCGAUGGAGAGCUCCCCAGGACGUACCAAAGGCGAAGAACAACGCUGUCUUCAGUGCAACACAAUAUGGCGCAACUUGUCCUCAGGCCAUUUCUGGGACACUGUUCUCGAGGCAGGACGAGGAUUGCCUGAACCUUAACAUUUGGGCGCCGUCUGGAGCUUCGAAUCUGCCGGUAUUUGUAUACAUGUAUGGAGGUGCCAUGGUCACCGGAUCGAGUAGCAACCCUAUGCUGCAGGGAAACAAUUUCGCCCGCAAAGGUGUUGUUUUUGUUAGCUUCAACACCCGUGAAAGCAUCUUUGCGUACCCCAACUCCGCCGAACUUAAGAGCGCUACUGAGUCCCAGAACUUUGGUAUUCUCGAUGUUGAUAAGGCUCUAGAAUGGGUGUACGCUAACAUUGCCGCCUUCGGCGGUAAUCCUGAUCAUGUGGUAUUUGGAGGUCAUAGCUCUGGAUCUGUUCAGGUCGACCAUUACCUCUGGAAUCACCCCGACGCUAAGCUAAAAGGCGCGAUUCAAAUGAGUGCCAACGCGAAAUCAGGUCCAGCUGUAGCUCCUGUGAACCAAGCUCUUGAUAUUGUAGCAGCUGAGGUUGGCUGCCCAGUUGGCAAGGGUCAGCUGGAGUGUAUGCGCUCGGUUGAUUUUUUCGACAUUGAGACGGAGAAGUUCAACGCCACCUACAACACUUGGUUCACUCCAGCUAUUGACGAGAUCACGCGUUACCAAGACUACGAGAGCCGUCUUGCAGCUGGCAAGUACGCCUCGCACGUACCACUCCUGACUGGUAACUCAGAUGGUGAGGGUGCAAUCUUUUCCCUUGUAUAUGGCGCAGAGAACUCCGACUUCGAUGCAUGGCUGGGCACAUUCGACGCCGAUGUUGCUCAUAUCCCCAAAGACGUUCUCUUGGCUGCGUAUAAUGCUGCAGACUAUGCGACCGUGUCUCAGAUGAGUGGUGCACAGUACGGCGACGCCCGCUUUUUCUGCCCUGUCGACUACCUCCAGGACCUGCGCAGCACCAAGCAGGACACAUGGGCGUACCGCUUCUUUGGCGAUUAUGCCAACGUAGUCGGGGCGCCGGUCUCUGCCCCUACUCAUGGCACAGAGAUUCCUUUCUUCCUGGGUGGCAAUGAGUGCUUUGAUGCGAUCAGUGGUGUAACGCAAGCGCAGCAGGCACUGGCUGACUACCAGAACGAUUGGUUUGUCGCAUGGAUCAAGAACCCAUCGGCGGGGCCUGGAUGGUCAAAGGUUUCGCCAAAGAAAGGAACAAUUGCAAAGCUUGGAGUACCGGGCAACGAGCUUGCGAUUGGACUUGCAUCUACCUCCGACUACAACGGAAGAUGUCAAUCAGCAUAUAAUCCAUACCUUGCAAAAUACCCCGUUGUCCAGAGCGUAGCUGGAUCAGCAGGCUUGAUCGGCAAUUGAUGAGGAUGGACAUUGGAAGCAUUCGUGUGGCUCAAUAUAUAAAAACAUACAUAAAUACCCUAGUAGAAUGCAUGUCCAGCAUAUCGUUGUCUAUAUUAUGGAUAAAUACACAGCGUCCGCAAUGUUAAAAUAUUUCGGACAUUGAAUCUCGGCGCAAAGCCGACCGAAGCGAACCACACACACACAUUCAAUGAGGAGCUCACCUCCGAGUCCUCCGGCUAGGCUCUAGACAUGGCAGAUACAGGCGCUUGGUACUUCUGCUUUGUGUCGUCCGGCCGAUAGCGUUCUAGCCGUUGAUUUUGGC